AUGAUGUUUCUGGGAUGGCACACAACCAAGUUGCUGUCGGGGACCAGGAAAAAUGUAACUUUAGCGUUAGCAAGAAAAUGGAGCUUCACAAAGGAGUUGCGUCAUUUUGCAGCUAGCUACUUGUUAGAAGAGGACGUUGGGAUUAACCAUUUUAUGAGCGACUUCUUAGGUGAAAAUGGGUUCCAUGGGGAAGAAACAAAAAAGGACCUUGUGUGCAUCUUUAAAUAUAAAUGUGAAGAUUUUCACGUCUAUGAAAUUGGGAAAGAUAAAAAUGUUUUGAAUUUGAGCUAUGUUAGGAAAAGGGUGCAAUGUGAACGUUGGAGUGACCACGCUAGUGGCGACACGAGAGACAGCCUGGAAAAGGUAGAUGGCGGUGAUAAGGAUACACGAAAGGAGAAAAUAAUAGUCGAGAAACUUGGAUCUGCGCAAGAGCGGGGAGACCACGAUGGAUGCAACAUAUCAAUACCGGCAGAUGGGGAGAGUAACUCGGCAGAAGAGAAAAACGAAUGGAUAAAUUUUAUUCUGUAUAAGGUGAACAAGGACACACAAGAAGCCAUUAGGGAAAUUAGCAAAAGUACGAACAUCCCCAUAAAGGAUUUUUACUACGCAGGUUUUAAAGACAAAAGAAGUGUGUCCACGCAAAUCAUUUCCACUAGCAUGAUUCACAUUCAUAAAAUAAGGAACAUGAUGAACAGUGAUGUCUCGAAUCAUAAAAGAAUGAAAAAUAUACAAAUUUGUAGUCUCGAAAAGGUGCACAAAAAAAUCGAGUUAGGUGCACAUAGUGGCAAUCGAUUUGUGGUAGUUCUGAGAAAUGUACAAAACCAUGAGGAUUAUUUAAGGCAUAAAUUGGACCAGAUUAAAAUACAUGGGUUUAUAAAUUAUUUUGGAAUGCAAAGAUUUGGAGUAUAUAAGAAUACCUUCAAUAAAGGGAAGGCCUUAAUACGACGGGACUACAAAGGAUAUAUAGGGCAUGUCUUAGAUCCUCACAUUUUUGAAAAUAAAAAGUUUUAUGGAAAUGUUACUAAAGACAAUCUGACGAUUUUCUUGAAAAAUGCUUGUGACAUAUAUAAGAAAAAGAACGCUACCUUUGCAUUUCGUUAUUUGUCUCACAAAACGAAUAAGCUGCUUAAGAGGUGCGACGCCAUUCCGCGUGACGAGCUGGGCAACCCGGCUAGCGCGAACAAGCACCUCUUUUCGUAUCUGACCAAUUCGGAGUACGAGGCGUACAUCCUCCUGCGCAAUUUGUACAUGUGCGAGAAGAAUAGCCGCGGCAGGCGAAGCGGUGAUAGCUGUGGUAGCAGUCUAACCCUUUGCAGUGAUGGACACAGCAAAGCGAAUGAACUCGCUGAUACGGAGAAGGGCAAACGUUUGGUCGACAGUGCACAGUAUGACCCCGGUAGGAAGCAUAUUAACACGCCCGAGGAAGAAACCCAUUUUUACCAGAACGAGAAGACAUGCGUCAAAGGGGUGAGCAUGGAGACAAGGAGAUUUCACAUGCAUUCUUACAGCGCGAAGAUAUUCAACAUGUUAACCUCAUAUCGGUUGGACAAUUUCGGUGCCGCGCCUGUAAAGGGGGACUAUGUCUUUGUGAAGGAGGUACAGUCGCAAGGGGGGGAAGCAAAAGCGCAGCAUAAUUACAUAGCUGUGUUGUAUGACACGGGGGAAAGCGACGGAAAGUGUAGUAGCGGAAGGGGUAGCAGCGGUGGUCAUGGAUCUCUCCACUGCGAUGGCCCAUUGAAAGGUGUAAACAUUUAUAAUGUUGUUUUGCCCGUCCUGGGCAGCAUGCCCCCCAGGCUCUCCUACCUAAACGUGUUUAAAAAUAUGUACAGAAAACAUAGAGGAAGCCAAGUAAGACUCGUUUUUUUAGAAAUAUUACUCUACCUGAUGUAUACCCUCCAUGAAGAUGAGCUGUUUAGGGUUCACGACGAUAAGGUCGCAAGUGAGUUCCUACAACAUUUGAUAAAAAGAGAAGAAAAGAAAAAUGUUAACCAGUCCAUUCGACUAGCUAGCGAAAAUAUAUUAAGUAAUGCUAUUCCGAUUAAACAAGCCUUACAUACAAUAAAGAAAUUUGACAGUUACGUCAAUUCGUUUGAAUACGAGUAUGGAAUGACUUGUGUCUUUAGAAACAUAGUCUCGCGGCCAGCCAAUCUGUAUUUCUGCUUCUGUCAGUAUAAGGAACCAAAGAGGAAAUUCCUGUCCGACUUGUAUGCCGCCUCUAAUUUUGAGGAAAAUGAAAGUUCAAAGGGGAAUGUACAUGCCCAUCGGUGUAAGGAAAAGGGAGUAUGCAAUAAUGGGCACAUGAAGAGCGUCCCGACUUCAGACUGUAAGUAUAGCGAAAUAUCUGUACGUGGUGAUGAAGCUGAACAGGCAGACAGGGAUGUGAAUGGCAAAUAUUCACAAAAUGUGGAUGCAAGGGGGUAUAACAAUACUUCCCCAGAGGACAAAAAGGAAAAUAUGAGCAGUGAACGUUUUCAAAGUCAAAGAAGCAAUAAAGGAAGCAAUCAAAGCAGUAAAGAAAAAAUGAAAAAAUGCGAGCGAAAUUUGGGUGCCCUGAUAUUAAGCUUUAGUCUGAACUCCUCCUCCUAUGCCAGCAUGUUGGUGCGGGAGUUGUACGGAAAACGCAAUGAACUCCUGGUUUAUAAUUUGAUUAAAAAUUGUGAGGAGUAUGACAAAGAAGUUGGAAUGUUAGAAAAGAAGAGAUAG